AGCACCGCCAUGCAGUUCAAGUACCUCACUCUUACCAGUGCCAUUGUCACUGCUAUCUCCCUUGUAAACAGUGUCAAUGCUGUUGCGGUUCAACUGAGGAAUGGUGAAAUUGUCACCAAGGACAAAAUCCUUGAAUGGAUCGCGACCACAGAGGCCAACCUCACCUUUAUUGGUGAACCCAUCACCAAACGAAUCACCGAGGACACUAUGGUUGUCUAUUGCAGCGUCAGAACGCAAGACGUAUGCGGAGGCGCGUGCACCGUCUAUAACGGCGGUGCCACUUGUCUUAACGCUCCGAACACUAACUGUCUCUCGGCCACGAAUAAUGUGGGAUUUUGUGACCGCGGUGGAUGUGGAGGUAGUUGCAACCAGCUUUCGACCUGUGGAGUGCGUUUGGAUGAUGGAUUCUGUUACACCCCUGGCACAAGUUCCAUCAAUGUUGGUUUCUGAGCGAGGACGGAAUGGGACCACUUCCAAGGCUCUGCUGAAGACGAGUACUUACCUCGAAAAUUGUAUAAAAUGAUGUUUGUCUUGUAAAUUGUACGAUUAUUAUUUGGACCGGAAUUGUGAAGGAACUUUGGAAAAAUUUUGUCGAAGUUUCUCUAGUCGAAUUCACGCAGUGUCAAUUAUGUUCCGCAGCCUUGGAACGUUGAAGAUGGAUGAGAAUGG